GCGCGGCUGGCUGCAUGCGUGCCUGACACCGAUCGCGCGAUUUUGGACCGCAAUCUGAGUCAAUCAGUGAUAGAGUCUCCGAAGAACUGCUACAUAAGCUCAAAUUAAACGCCAGCAAAAAAGUAUAAAUCCAGUGGUUCCAACUCUUUUCUUCAUUAAUGUUCCUUUGUUCGCUAGUUCAUGCAAGUAUUUCGAACAGACAGCUGCUGGUGGAACUCGUUCUCGGGCCGAGUCCAGGCCCGUUGCUGACAUACGUCACACCGCGCUUGGACACCUCCAUCUCCGCGUUGACAACGCAUCUUUCUCCCCCCACCCUUGAGCCUGUGAGUGCAAACAACGAGGCUUUACCUGGAAAAAGCCGACUCCGGACCAGAGGACUUUGCCGACCCGAUAUCCUUUGAAGUGGUCCCCGCCCGCAAGCUCGUUAAACCAACCCCGAUCGACGUGACCCUCCGCCAUGACCAUUGCCUAGCCGCAGCUUGAGACAGCUAUUUUCUCGGUCCGUUGGAGCUUGGAGCGAUGGAUCAUUCAAUACAGCGGCUGCUCAACGACAAGCUCUACGAUAAGAGGAAGCAGGGAGCUCUGGAGCUAGAGAAAAUCGUUCGAGAUGCCGUUUUCAAAGGAGACCAAGAAAAGAUUGCAAAGAUCGUGGAGCAGCUUUGCCACGACUAUGCCUAUGCUGUGCACCAACCCCAUGCUCGAAACGGAGGUCUGAUCGGAUUGGCGGCUGCCUCGAUCGCCCUGGGAUCGGUGAGAACAUUGGAUACAAACGAAAUGCGUCAGAGAGUGCGGGCUGACAUACUGGGUCCACAGGAAGGAGUUGCGCCGUAUUUGAAAGAGAUUGUUCCGCCGGUUCUAGCUUGCUUUACCGACCAAGAUGCGCGGGUCCGCUAUUAUGCUUGCGAAAGCAUGUACAACAUCGCCAAGGUGGCCAAGGGAGAGGUUCUGCUCUUCUUUAACGAGAUAUUCGAUGCGUUGGCCAAGCUUGCUUCUGAUUCGGAGCUUUCUGUGAAGAACGGCGCGGAGCUUCUCGAUCGACUGGUAAAGGACAUUGUAGCCGAGUCCGCAGCCUCGUACGUCUCCGUGCUACAGCUGUCGGAAAAGGAGACAGCCGAUCCGGACGACGCGCAUGAUUCGGAACUCCCUACCGCAUUCUCCCUCGCCAGGUUCAUACCUCUGCUCAAGGACCGAAUCCAUGUGAUUGGGCCAUACACUCGCAAUUUCCUAGUGUCCUGGUUGACACUACUUGAUACUAUCCCUGACCUGGAACUCGUCACCUUUUUACCCGAGUUUCUGGAAGGAUUGAUCAAGUUUCUCGGUGGACCUCACAAAGAUGUCAACGUUGCCACGCAGGGUCUUUUAGACAGAUUUCUGUCGGAGAUCAAGAGAAUAACCCGUUUGAAGAAAGGAAUUGAAGAAAGUCGAAAAGGACUAGGAAGUCGCAGACGCUCCACUGCUAGUGACACUGUGAGCGCCAAAACCGAACAGACACUUGAGACCGCCGGUGCCGACGAUGGCGAGAAGGAUGACAUUGCUGUCGAGGACUCAGCAUCGGAUUCACUAUUUGACGACGAAGCGAUUCAGGCGGAUGGUGACUGGAUUCCUGGGCAAGACGUUCAUAUUGACUACCCAAAGAUCCUAGACAUUCUGGUCAGCUUUGUGGACACCUCAUUCGAGGAGGAGAUGCAAUUGACUGCACUUCGCUGGAUGGAUGCAUUCUUUGAAAUAAGUCCCGAGGAUAUUCUCCCGUUCGUCCCGAGACUGUUGACUCAGGUGCUCCCGGCAAUGUCUAGCGGUUCGGAUUCGGUAAGGCAAGCAGCGAACCGAGUCAACAAAUCGCUGCUUGAGUACAUAUACUCCCUGUCAGAUGACGCCCCUGAGGAAUACGCACAAGCUCCAUUCAAGGUCCCCUCGACUGCACCUAGCAAAGAGAGCAUCGAGAGAAAACCUUCAGAACUCUCCAACUCUGAUUCGAAGAGACCAGCUCAAGAGUCCUCCAGGGCUCCGACGCCACGGAGUAGUAUCAUCUCAGUUCCCACGCAGCCAGCCGAUCUCGACUAUGCUGCUGCGGUGAACUCGCUUACACUGCAAUUCUUAAAUGAAAAUGAAGCCACUCGGGUAGCUGCACUUUCGUGGCUGAUCAUGUUACAUCGGAAAGCCCCGCGGAAAGUGGUUGCAUUUAACGACGGGACAUUCCCAGCUCUAUUGAAAACACUCUCGGACCCUGCAGAAGCGGUUGUGACUAAAGAUCUGCAACUGUUGUCUCAGAUUUCGAGAAAUAGCGAGGAUAACUACUUCACCUCGUUUAUGGUGAAUCUGCUUCAGCUGUUCUCUACCGAUCGACAGCUGCUGGAAGUUCGGGGCAAUUUGAUCAUCCGGCAAUUGUGUCUGAAUUUGAGCCCCGAACGUAUCUAUCGGACUUUGGCGGAUUGCCUGGAGAAAGAAGAGGAUCUCGAAUUUGCCAGCAUCAUGGUGCAGAAUUUGAACAACAACCUCAUCACUGCACCUGAACUAUCAGAUAUGAGGAAGCGCUUGAGGAAUCUUGACACGAGGGAGGGACAAAUGUUCUUCGUUGCCCUCUUCCGGUCUUGGUGCCACAAUGCCGUGUCCACCUUUUCGUUGUGUCUUCUCGCUCAGGCUUACGAGCAGGCUUACAAUCUUCUGCAAAUAUUUGCUGAGCUUGAAAUGACGGUCAAUAUGCUAAUCCAGAUCGACAAACUGGUGCAGCUGCUAGAGUCCCCCGUGUUCACCUACCUUCGCCUCCAACUCCUCGAACCCGAAAAAUACCCUUACCUGUACAAAUGCCUCUACGGUGUCCUCAUGCUCCUCCCCCAGAGCUCCGCCUUUGCCGCCCUUAAGAACCGGCUGAACAGCGUCAGCAAUAUCGGUUUCCUCCAUGGUGGUCCCCGCAGCACGUCCCAAACUGCACCGUCCUUCGACCGUUCCUCCGGUACUCGCGGCAAGAGUCGUGACGACAUUCGAUGGACCGAGCUCCUGGAUAAAUUCAAGGCCGUGCAGGAACGAGGGCGCCGCGCGCAGGCUGCGCAGCGCCACUCGCUGGAUCCAACGGACACAUUACAGAAUCCUUCGUUGGCAGCUGCACUAUCUGCGGCAACCGUUGACCGAACGCGAGAUCGAUCGGGUCUACCUGAUGCUCCUCGUGCGGGCAUGGUCGCUCCCAUUGGCAUUGGCAUUGGUCAGGUCCCUGGAUCCGCUAGCAUUGGUGGAAGUGGUAACCGUGGAGUGCUUGACUCUAGAGCCACCAGCUCAACGUCUCUUCUCGGCUCUGCACAUAAACACAAGUCGAGUUUGCCGAAUCUAGGGCGCCUGGGAAUUGGAGGACGCAAGUCAAAGAAAUGAGGUGCGGUGAAUAAUCCUCUUGUCCAUGUACUUAGUCACCCUUUAGCACAGUUGGCGGGGGUUUAGCAAAGAUACCCAUCGUCUUUUCUCCCUGCAGGUCUACUGCAAUAAAUUGGCUUCAAAUCUUUUUAUUUGCUCUGAGUAAUGAUGUGCUUAGUCGUCAUUCCUUUCCUGUACAAACUUAUAAAGGAACUGGUCCCCUCUGCCAUUCACACUUCCUCACCG